CAGGACCGGAAGUAUCGUUAUUGUUCUGGAAGGAAGAACACAGGCUUCAAGAAACGUUGUACCACUUACUUAUUUUUAACUUAUGUUUCUUGACAAACACGCGUUCGUUUUCGUACGUUAAACUGUCGGUAGAGAUACUUUAACCGUCGAUUUGAACGUUAAAAGCCGCGAUGGCGUCGCCGCUGGAGAUGACAGAGAUGUACGACAACGCUCUGCUGGGAAUCCUGCAGCAUGUUGGAAACAUCCAGGACUUUCUUCAGGUCUAUUUCGGGUUUUUGUACCGUAAAACGGACUUUUAUCGCCUCCUGUCCGGUCCCAACGACAAGAUGGGCUUCCCUCCCGGUGUGGCGGAGAAGAUGGUGCUAAAGACGUUUAAGCUGUUUGAGAAGCUGGCAGAGCACGACCGAGAGAGGCAGCUGAGCGAGAUGCAGAAGAGAGAGGAGAGUCGAUGCGUUCCUCCGGCGGCUCAGGAGCUGGAGGUCGUCGCCGAGCCUCAGGAGGAGACGGAGGAGCAGAGCACGGAGGCGGCGCAGAUGGAGAGCUCCCCCCCGGACGCCGGGAACGUUUCAGCUCCUGCAGCCUCAGAAUCCUCCGUCAGCUCUCAGCCUGACAGCAGCAGGGCUCAGGCUCAGGCUCAGGCUCAGGGAGACCAGGCGGCUGCAGCCAGCACGAAGUCAGCAGACGAGAGUCAGGAGAGAUUUCAGUCUGAUCCUGACAGUUACAACGGGGCGGUGAGGGAAAACUACAGCUGGUCUCAGGACUACACUGACGUGGAGGUCCGCGUGUUCGUGCCCAAGGCUGUUGUUAAGGGCAGACAGGUCAGUGUCAGUCUGCAGACUGGCAGUGUACGAGUGUGUGUGAGGGACGGAGCCGAGGAGAAAACACUGAUGGAGGGAGAAUUCACUCACAAGAUCAACACUGAAGACUCUCUGUGGAGCCUGGAGCCCGGACGCUGCGUGGUUCUGUCGCUCAACAAGACCUCAGAGGUUUGGUGGAACGCGGUGCUGAAAGGAGAGAAGGAGAUCGACAUAAACCAGAUUAACCGCGAGCGAACCAUGGCGUCGGUCGACGACGAGGAGCACUCCGUUCUGGACAGACUCACAUUCGACUACCAUCAGAAGCUGCAGGGGAAACCACAGAGUCACGAGAUGAAAGUGCACGAGAUGCUGAAGAAGGGCUGGGACGCAGAGGGCUCGCCUUUCAAGGGGCAGCAGUUCGACCCCUCCAUGUUCGACAUCCCGCCCAGCGCCGUGCAGUUCUGAGGCGCAGCCAAAACUCAGCCAAAUAUGAACUGAACCCGAGUUUAUUUACAGACCGAGUCAACAUUUACCUGCUGGUCUGCUGUCGCAGGUUUGUCGUUAACUGUAAGAGCAGAGCUGAAGCUUCUGUUUGUUUGUGUGGAGGAAACACAGACGAGGACGAGGACUUGUCUUUAUAUCAAAGGUUUAUUUGAUGUUCUGACAGUGUGAAAUCUGAUAAAUACGUUUACUUUG